AUUUUUCGAUUCGAAUUGCAUCAAAAGAUAAUGGUGAUGGAUUAUUUGGUGAAGCUGUUGGAUUCAUUUUGUCCACCAAAAACCAACCGUACGAUUAUGUCAUCGAAAUUACCUUCUGUGUCACCGGGUCUUUUAAAUGAAUCACAUUUGGCCCGUCUGGCAGGUUUGUCAGGUGUUUUGGCAAUAUCACUUGGUGCGUACGGAACGCAUGUUUUACGUGAAGGUGGAAAUGCAGAUGAGCGACGUUCACGCGUUUUCGAAACCGGCAAUCGUUAUCAUUUGAUACAUUCAAUAACAUUAUUCCUUGCUAAUAAGGCACGUUUUCCGUGGCUUACUGUUUCGCUUCUACUCAGUGGUAUGGCAAUUUUCUCUGGAUCUUGUUACCAUUACAGUAUCACUGGUAAAGACAGUCUGAGAAAAUACGCCCCGAUUGGUGGUGUAAUGUAUAUUUUAGCAUGGCUUUCAUUCCUGCUUUAAUCAAACUUUCCAUUUCUUUUUCAUACUUGCACUAACUUGCAC